ACAUUUUCGAAGGCGUUGACAUGAUAGGCAUUGGUCUGCGCGCUAGCAGUAACACAGGAUGAUACCGAUGGCAGGCGGACGUAGGAAGAGAGUGCUUUCAGCGGUACUUUUUGCGUUCUUGAUGCUGGCUUGGCCGUCGCUCGGAGAAAGUGGCGGGGGUCGCCAAGAUGUGAGCGUGGCAGUCGCGGAGACUGAUUCAGAGGUCAAGCACAAGGGUUUGUUUUCUCCAUUUUCAGGGUUGGAUUUUGUGGCUUUCACGAUUAUUUUCGUGGGGAGCGCGAUAGCCGCCGGCGCCGGUCUGGGAGGAGGCAUAUUAAAUACGCCGAUUUUGAUGUCUGUGGCAAAGUUCAGUGCGUCUGAGUCAAUUCCGCUGAGCAGCGUAUGCAUUUUUUCGGCGGCUUUGGUGACUUUUCUCUUGAAUCUGCCGUUACGUCGGGCUUCGGCGGACCGCCCCCUGAUCGACUUCAACACGGCGCUGAUCGUUCAGCCGCUCGCGAUGGUGGGCGCGACCAUAGGAAUGAUACUGAACGUAGUCAUGGUGGACUGGGCGACUUUGUGUAUUCUGCUGCUGACGAUUUCGUACACAAUAUACAAAAUGCUGUUGAAAACUUGGAGUGUGUGGAAUAAAGACUGGUCUGGAAGAGCGAGAAGGAGGGCCAGAAGGGACACGACCCAACUGGACGAGUUGGAAGACGCGGACCGAUGCAGAGGUAGUGGAGUGGAAAUUUCAGUCGUUCCGCUGCAGCCAAAUUCAGAGAAUCGGGAUUCUUUCUCAGAGCAAAGCAGAGAGAAAUUCGCUUCACCCAGGAACACCUUGCUUAGUGACCUCCACUCGGGAGAUCAAGAGUCUCACGAAAAAGAUGUCUCCGAUCAGCAAUUUCCAGAGUCCGCUCCGCCAAAUUUCGCCUCCUUGGACAAAAUGGACCCCUCGACGCAAUCCUCGGACUGCUUUCGGCUGGAUAAGCUGGAAAGUGCAGAGAGAUUUAUUCCAAAGCGAAAAAUUUUGUAUUUUUUCCUCAUUUUAUCUCUCUCUAUAGCCUGGGCGCUCGUAGUCAGCGGGAAGUCGGACAAGAGCAUAGCCCACGUCGACAGAUGCUCCCCUCUAUACUGGGGACUACACGGACUGUUCCUCUUUGUAUUCUCCGUCGUCACGCUGCGAAUCGCUGUCGUUAUGUACAAAAACUACCGAAAAAAAGUUCGGUUCAACUUUCAAUUCCAGGACUCUGAUAUCCGCUGGAACAUAAAGCACCUAAUCGCCACCAUCAUCGUCGGACUCGCUUCUGGCAUCCUCGCGUCCCUGCUCGGCAUAGGCGGCGGAAUGGUCAUCACUCCCCUCAUGCUCGAAUUGAAAGUCGCGCCGGACUGCACGGCCGCCACCUCGUCUUUCAUCAUUCUCUCGACGUCUCUGGUUUCCAUCGCUCAAUACGCCGUGCUGGGAAGAGUAGCUCUGGACUACGCGAUAGCUCUGUUCAUCGUGGGCAUUCUGGCAAGUGUCACCGGGAAUUUGGUCAUCUUGAAACUCAGAAAAAAAUACAACAGCCAACUGUUCAUACUGAUCGCCAUGCUCAUGAUCGCCAUACCAAGCUCCAUUUUGCUGGUGCAGGUGACCAUUUCCGAACUCAUCUCAAACGCCCACUCUGGUGCACAAAAACAAAAUCUCUGUCCGAAAACAUAAACACCUCUAUGUACACACGCACACACACAUGAA